CUCAAUAACAUCCAAUCGGUUCGGAUCCUGAAACAGAAAUGGCUUUCAAAAUAAUUGCUUGGAUAGUGAUUCUUCUGGUGAGCUUUGAUUUGAUUCGAGCAGCACCCACGUGGUACAAUCAAGAAUCGUGGAACUACGGUCCGGAUCUAACCUACAAGGACUAUAUGAAAAAAAUCGGAGCGUAUCCGAGGCGCUUUCGUUAUGGAACACGAGCCGAUCCGGUGCAGAAGGAUUACGGCAGUUGGUUUGAUCCGUAUCCCAGUUGGUCAGUAUAUGAGCCAGUGACGGCGCAGCCUUCGCAGCAGCAUCAAAGCAAUUGGUGGCCAAGCAAUUGGAACCAACCGGGCUACAUAAGAUACAAUGAUGCCUAUGAGCAGCAUGCUCAACAGCAGGCACAUCAAAUGGAGCAGGAUGUGGCGGAGAUUCUGUGGAGAUGGUAAACGGGGAUGGUGCUGUGCUGUUGUUGUAUAUUUAU